UUAUGAUCUAACUAGAUGAGAACAACUCUUCAGUUUUUCUACGGUUUCUGAAAAAGUCUUUGUAUAUAUGAUUGCAACAACCUCAUGCUCGGGGGGAAAAACGGAGCCUGAACACAAGCCCAUCUGCUCCAUGGGACAAAACCCAACUUUGAGCCACAAAGUAUCUCCGUAGGUACAGGAACUCUAUUUUGAGCACUCAAACACCUCCACUCGCUCUGCCCUUCAUCGUGCCAAGACAGGAAGACUAAAUGUACUGUUUUAGUCCAUUCUGCAAGGACUAAACUAAUUAAGUGCUAAUCGACUUUCCAGCACCUAUAAAGAGCUGAGGCUGUCAUGUGCUGCAGUCACGCCUCUCACCGCCAGCCUGCACUGGGAUGAUAAUCAGUCACUAUGAAAACUCAUUAGCUCCACAGCAAUGAGCCCUCCACUGCUGAAGCUUGGUGCUGUUCUUAGCACCGUGGCAAUGAUCUCUAACUGGAUGUCCCAAACUCUCCCAUCUCUGGUAGGACUAAAUACCACCAGACUAUCCACUUCAGAUACUCUAACUCAGAUUAGCCCCAAGGAAGGAUGGCAAGUUUAUAGUUCAGCCCAAGAUCCUGAUGGCCGUUGCAUUUGUACUGUUGUUGCACCUGAACAAAACCUAUGUUCAAGAGAUGCCAAGAGCAGACAACUUAGACAGCUGCUAGAGAAGGUUCAGAAUAUGUCCCAAUCUAUUGAAGUUUUAAAUCUACGGACUCAGAGGGAUUUCCAGUAUGUUUUAAAAAUGGAAACACAAAUGAAAGGGCUGAAGGCCAAGUUUCGGCAAAUUGAAGAUGAUCGGAAGACAUUAAUGACAAAGCAUUUUCAAGAGUUGAAAGAAAAGAUGGAUGAGCUCCUGCCACUGAUCCCAGUUCUGGAACAAUACAAAACUGAUGCCAAACUAAUCAUCCAGUUCAAGGAAGAAAUUAGGAAUCUGUCUACUGUCCUCACUGGGAUUCAGGAAGAAAUUGGUGCUUAUGACUAUGAGGAGCUACACCAGCGGGUGCUCAGUUUAGAAACCAGGCUUCGAGACUGCAUGAAAAAGCUCACAUGUGGCAAAUUGAUGAAAAUUACAGGCCCCAUUACAGUCAAGAUAUCCGGAACCCGAUUUGGAGCCUGGAUGACAGAUCCAUUAGCAUCAGAGAAAAACAACCGAGUCUGGUACAUGGACAGUUACACUAACAAUAAAAUUGUCCGCGAAUAUAAAUCAAUUGCAGACUUCGUCAGUGGGGCUGAAUCACGGACAUACAACCUUCCAUUCAAAUGGGCAGGAACCAACCACGUUGUCUACAAUGGCUCCCUCUAUUUCAACAAGUAUCAGAGCAACAUCAUCAUCAAAUACAGCUUUGACACUGGGCGGGUGCUUGCACAGCGUAGCCUUGAGUAUGCCGGCUUUCACAAUGUCUACCCUUACACCUGGGGUGGCUUUUCUGAUAUUGACCUGAUGGCAGAUGAGAUUGGGCUAUGGGCUGUGUAUGCCACCAACCAGAAUGCAGGCAACAUUGUCAUCAGCCAGCUAAACCAAGACACGCUGGAGGUGCUGAAGAGCUGGAGCACAGGAUACCCAAAGAGAAGCGCUGGAGAAUCCUUCAUGAUCUGUGGCACCUUGUAUGUUACUAACUCUCACCUAACAGGAGCCAAGGUCUACUACUCUUACUCCACCAAAACCUCCACUUACGAAUACACAGACAUUCCUUUCCAUAAUCAGUAUUUUCAUAUAUCCAUGCUUGACUACAAUGCAAGGGAUAGAGCUCUCUAUGCCUGGAAUAACGGACAUCAAGUCCUGUUUAAUGUCACCCUUUUCCACGUCAUUAAGACUGAAGAUGACACAUAAUUCUCUUUCCCUUUCCUUUCCCUCACUUCCCACCCUCAAAGCAGUGUCAUUUGUGAUAAAUUCUAAAGCCUUCAUCUCUCUCUAUUCCUUUUAAUUUACAUUUCCUUUUUCCAUUAAGGAAAAGCAACAUUUUGUACUACACAAUGCAUUUCAAAUAUGGCUGAGCCUGUCAAAAAUUACCUGUUGGACAUAAAAGCAUCUUAACUCAUGAUUCUACAAGGUCUUGAUGGACCUUAUUGUGAAAGCACUAAAAAGGAUUUAAGUGACUAAAGACAGUUUUAAAAAGAUUAUGAUCUGCCUUAUUGUAGAGUCAGAGACUAAUGGUGGCUUAAAUGCAUGAAUAUCUUUUUUUUUUUUUUACCUCAUUUUUGAUUUUAAUCUAUUGUUCAACAUCAGGAAACAUUUUGGUAGCAGACAUUGCACACUGUAUUUUUUUUUUAUUAUUAUUCUAAAGGAAAGAUUUAGGAAUUUAAUUUACAUGAACAUGGAGUAUGACUCAUUUUGCCAUCAAUCAAUUUCAGAUGUGGUGCUGUAUAGUAUGUUUUUAAAUCUCUUGCAAACAUUUUAUCAACAGUAUGUAUUUCUACCAUUGUAACCACCAUUGUGCAAUUGUAUCUCUUCACUUCUGUGAAAGUAAACUAAGUACUAUUUUUUAUAAAAUAUAUUGAAGCUUAAUUGCAGUUCUGGCUAUGGGUCAGUUGAAAGUGGUAAAUCUGAGAAAAGGUUGUUAUUUCUCAGAAAGACAGAUCAAUAGUUUCUCAGGUGCAUGAUCCCUAUUCCCAGCUUUGCUUGGUAGAUCCCUUCUUACUCACCAUUGGUGCUUACUGGCAAAUUUGCAGUUUUGAAGCCUCACACCAAUCCCAGCUUUACAACUGUUCACCCUGUCCAAUUUUUACCACCCUGCAAGCUCUGUCUUUUUCUCCUGCUCUUCCCUCCCACUAUUUUCUUUCCUUUAUGCUCACUCCCUGGUCUGGGCCUUGGAAAACUGAACCUGACAGUGGGCUGCUGCCGAUGCCCCCGGCCUGGGGGUGGGAGCACGUACCACACUCGCACUGUUCUAGGGCAGCGCAGAACAGUGCUAGAAGACAAAUUACUUUCCUUCAUCUGCCCAUCUUCGUAUUCAUAAUAGAAGAACAUUUAUCUGUUGAUGAAGGAUUUUUUGGGAUGACAGUAAUUAGGAAGAAAAUACAAAGGAAAAGGCUCGAGUGAUCAGUGUGACACCUGAUAGCUUCCAGAAAUACUUGUUUCUUAAAGGUAUUAGCUGUAACCAUAAGUAAUGAUACUACUGCUAGCAAAACCCAAACAUCUCUGCAAAAAGUUGGCGUCAGUGCUGUGGCUGCUUUCUGGCAAGGGAGAGUAAUGUGGCGGCUAUGUGGCUUGCUGCACUCUCUCAUUAGAAGUUGAAAGGUAGGGGUAUUUUAUUGAGGAAGAAAGAAAGAAGCUUGCCCCAUAUUUCAUUGGAAAUUUGGGGGGUGGGGGAGGUAUUCUGUUGAGGAAAAAGAAUGAGGUGCUAUUUACCUAUUUUGACAUGUACAGAAAGAAACUAACAUUAAUAAAAUGUCUAUACUAGUUCUUAAACUGAGCUGUCACAUAAGGCAGAGAGACGGGUAUCUGAAAGCAUGAAAAGCUUUGUUCCACACAAAACCUGAGAUUCUCCUUUUUUCCUCUUUUAAACCCUUUGAAACUGGACUCAUAGAAAAGCAAAAACACAUACAAAAGUGUUCCUGUUUAAGAAGAAAAAAAAUUAAAUGCACUGAUAUUUUUGCCAGAUCUAUUUUGAAGCCAUUUGAUUUGUUGAUUUUUCCAAUAUACCAGCUGAGACCACCUUAAGUCUAAUCAAUGUUUUCAUUAUUAUAAAUAUAUAUUGUAUAUACACUAACAAGUCUGCUUUACAAUAUAAGCCCAUGUGGAGCUGAAUAACAAAUUGCCUUGUUUUUCAUACUGGUUGCAAAACAAAAAAACACCUGUGAGGUUUCAAGAACUGAUAAAGCAGGGGAACAACAACAAGUGCAUUACAACAAGACCAGAGAAAAGUUACUCUCCUACCUUGCUAAAACAAUCGCUGUUAUCCUUUAAAAUCACUCACAGUGGAGACAGAGCCCAGGUAAACAGACAGGUUAAACCCCUGAGCUCCUGUACCCACUUGCUGGUGCCACACUUUCCUGUCUUGACAACGAGCCUUCUUCUGCAACAUGUGAAAGCGUACAUGACUGCUGAUUUAAAAGGCAUUUUAUAUCAUACAGGAAUGUUUUAUCAAACUGAAAUAUCUUCAGAUUUUUAAUCAAAAGCCCUAAAACAAACACUAACCUUUCUUCCUCAUAGAGUAACUUCAACAACACAGAUUUUGAAAAUACAGUGCUCCCAAGACAUUUAGGUAGAAAU